UUAGGGAGAGAGAAAAAGAAUGAGGCUCAAACUAAUUCGAUUAUUUGUAACAUUUUCUUUGAAUUCUUUCAUCGAUGCUGGAAUUUGUAAAAAAGCAAUAAAAUUUCCCAAAUCUAUGGUUAACUAUCAUCAAAACAUUUGUUGGAAGUGGAAAUAAAGUAAAUAGAUAUUGCGCGCCUUGACAUGAUUUGCACAACAAUGUAGGAAGAUAUUGGUGCAAAUAAAAUUCUUCAAGAUCAAUAUGCCACAAGCCUCAAUGAGAUCUAGACGCGGCCCAUUACAUGCUUGUGGAGUUUCAACACUAGCCAUAGCCUUAAGCCUAUAUAAGAAAGCAAUUGAACUUAAUGGACCUAUUGGUUCGGUUACAAGGCGAGUAGCCAAGUUAGGCUCGAAGGUGGUUAAUCGCCCUUUGGUCAAUUACAUGGUUCUUUAUCCAUGGCUCGCGCUUCUUUUCGUUGUUGAUGACCUUAUUAUAUCGAUAGAGAAAAGGUUGGAGACUCAAUUCCCAACAUUACGCCAUAUCUUUAACAAGAUCGAUAAUCUUGUCGAUAAGAUUGAGAAUUUUUCCAAGGAGCUUGAACACGCCAUGGGGAAUUUUACCAAGGAGAACGCGGAAGAGAAGGAAAUCAAGGUUGAUACUAACUCCAAUACUAACGAGCAACGUAACGAAAACAAUUUAGCAUCACCUAUACAAGAUGUGGUGAACACGAAGAACAAUGCGCUUACUAUUGGUGCCAAUGAAGAACUUAAUGAAGAUUCGCCACUGCUAGUUGAUGAUUCUACAUUAUUGAAAAGCUUGUACAAGGAAACAUUGGAGAAAGGGGUAAAGGAAAACAUGAAAUUUGAAGAGAAUUCGCAAGGAGUUGAAAAAGAUGUGAAGGAAAAUAAUGUUGCUAAAGAUUAUGUGAAUGAAGCUAUGAUGAAACAAGAUGUUCAACAACAAAGUGAAGAAACAAAGAAUGAAAUUAAGACCAUGACUAAGGAUGAACCUCCUUUGUUGGAAAUUUUUGACUUUGGUUGGGAAAUUCCGAAGCCAAAGAAGGUGUCGCAUUAGAGCUUCAUACAGAUAAUAUAUUCAUACACAUCACAUAAUAGAUAUGUGAUGCUUGUAGCUUAUACAAAGUGUAGAAUAAUGAAAAUGUGUAAUUCUCCCGUUAAUAUUCUAUAUGAUCGCGGAGUAAUAGAUUUUUUAUUUAUUUUUUAUCACUAGCUUUGAACUAUUUUGUGAUUUUAUUAUAGAACGAAACAACUUUUGUA